AUGUCAACAAUCGGCACAACAACAAUACAAACAACAACAGCACCAAACUCGUUAGUCAUGAACCCAACUUCAAUGUUAGUAGAAAUGAAAAGCUUCAUUCCUUCUUCAUAUACUUUCGAAACAGAAAUCCAGAAGAUAAAGCAAGAACUUUUAACAAGUAAUUUAGACUGUACCGCACAGGAUGAAACAAAUGAACAGUAUCUUUAUGAAAUGCAGGACAUUAUUGACCAUUUACCCAAAUUGCCUGAAAUCCAACAACAAAAACUAACCAUUCCCGAAUUUGACGAAAUUGAAGUCAAAGCAACUGACUCGGUAGAAAUAAAGAAGUUCAUACGAAAGGUAAAUUAUGAAUUCCUUGGUUUUCAUUGCAACCAUAAAGUUAUGGACAAAGAUUGCGAUAUGGUAUAUAAGAAUGUUUCUGACCUUUACAAAUCCGAAGAAUUUAAGACAUACGACAACUUUGUUUCAUUAGCUGCAAAAU